ACUUCAACUGCAGUUGCAGUUGUGCCACUCAUCAGUUGUGCUUUGAUCAUGACGGACGAAACAACACCGUUGACCGCCGCCGCCAGCAGCUCCGGUUAUGUGGCCCUGCCGCCGUAUCAGGGACCCACCUAUGUGUUUCCUGGCGGGGUUUCUCCGCGUGCGCGUCGCUCCAAAAUGAAGCAGUUUCAGUGUUGCAUGACCGUGACGUUUGUAGUGAUUGUGAUUGCCGCCCUCUGUCUGGCAUUGUGGUUGAGUGGAAGUGGCUAUGGCAGAGGUGAGGACAGCGACGGCGAAAACAGUCCCAGCUUCUUUUUUUUGACAAAUGAGAGUUCGGUAAUUGAGACUUUAGCAGCCACUAAGCGACCCAUACCGGAUGAACCUGAGGCCGACUGGGCGCUCCGCCACGAGACUCUGGAUCCCAAGGAGGGAGCUCAGGCGGUUAGUGCUGGCAUCAAGGCGCUAGGCGAUCGUGAGAUACUGGAGGAGGGUCUGCAGCCCAGUGCGAUUAAUACGCCGCAAUAUCGACACUAUCGUUCGCUUAGCACCAAUCCGGAGGCACGCAAGCUGGCUCGCCGUGGCUACGUGGAGAAUCACGCCACGCUGGAGAUUGCCCAGCGCUUCAACUACACGAAGGAGCCGGGACGCAGCAACAUUGGACUUGGACCCGCGAUUGUGCUGCCGGAUCCGACAGUGUUGCGCUUGGAUUGUGACUUCAAUGAGCGUUUCAGACGUAGCACGGGAGUAUGCAACAACAAGGAUCAUCCACGCACCUAUGGCGCCUCAAUGGUGCCGUAUCGUCGAAUGGUGGCGCCGGAUUAUGCCGAUGGCAUUGCAGCGCCAAGAGCAAGUCAUCAUGGGCAGUUGCCGCCAGCGCGUCAAGUCUCGUUGAGCAUACAUCGCUCCAGCUAUGAAACUGACUCGAAUUUCACAGUGAUGCUGGCGGUGUUUGGUCAGUUUCUGGAUCACGACAUCACAGCCACCUCGCUGACAACAGCGCAAGAAGGCGACUCCAUAGAUUGCUGUGCGGCGCGCACAGAGGAGCCGCAUCCGGAGUGCUUUCCAGUGCACAUACUGCCCAAUGAUCCCUACUAUCAGCACUACAAUUUGAGCUGCAUGAAUUUUGUGCGUUCCGCUCCGGCGCCCACGGGAAGAUUUGGACCGCGGCAGCAAUUCAACCAGGCAACGGCUUUCAUUGAUGGUUCCGUGGUCUAUGGCAACUUGGAGCAGCGUCAGCGACAGCUGCGCACCUACAUCAAUGGCACGCUGCGCAUGUUUAUCACUGAGGAUGAACGCGAGUUGUUGCCCAUCUCCUCGAAUUCCGAGGAUGGCUGCAAUCGUGUGCUGAUGACGCGACAAGGCAAAUACUGCUUCGAGUCGGGCGAUGAUCGUGCCAAUGAGAAUCUGCUGCUGACCUCCAUGCAUCUUCUGUGGGCCAGGCAGCACAAUUAUCUAGCACGUGGACUGCACAAACUCAAUCCAGAUUGGGAAGAUGAACGUAUCUUCCAAGAGGCUCGCAAGAUUGUGGGCGCUCAGCUGGCCCAUAUCACCUACAAUGAGUUUCUGCCCGUGCUGCUGGGUCGUAAUCUUAGCCAGGCCAAGGGCCUGUUGCCUGCCAGUGACAAUCUGAAUGCGCCGGACACUUACGAUCAUCGUGUGAAUCCCAGCAUUGCCAAUUGCUUUGCAGGCGCCGCGUUUCGCUUUGCGCACACUUUGCUGCCGGGUUUGUUCAAUGUGUCGCGAGACAAUAGCACACCCGAGGCCAUGGAGCUGCACAAGAUGCUGUUCAAUCCAUUCUCGCUUUGGUCUCGCCAUGGCAUCGAUCAUGCCCUGUUGGCAGCAGCAAAUACGCCUGUGUUGCGUGUCGAUCGCUUCUUCUCGCUGGAGAUCACUCAGAAGCUAUUCGAAGGCACUGCGGAGGACAAAGUGCCAGUUUGUGGUUUGGAUUUGGUUUCAUUGAAUAUUCAGCGUGGUCGAGAUCAUGGCAUACCGGCUUAUCCGGUAUUCCGACGUCACUGUGGCCUGCCUCCUGUGGAUACCUGGGAGCAAAUGGCGUUGGCUGUGGACAAUGCCACAUUGGUGUCCAUCAAGCAGAUUUAUGACUCCCCGCAGGAUGUUGAUGUCUAUACGGGUGCUCUCAGUGAGCCGCCGCUAGAUGGCGCUAUAUUUGGGCCACUGCUUAGCUGCCUCGUCUCAGAUCAGUUUAUGCGUAUCAAGCUGGGAGAUUCCCAUUGGUAUGAACGUAAAUUUGGCCCACAGCGAUUCACAAAACCACAAUUAGCCGAGAUUUAUAAGAGCAGCUUGGCUGCCAUUAUCUGUCGCAAUUCCGAUGGCAUUCAUGAGAUACGAGAGCAUGUGAUGGAACGUCAUCGAUCUAAUGGCAAUCGCUAUGUCAACUGUGAAGACUUGCCAGGAUUUGAGUUCGAUUUUGAGCCCUGGUCGGAGGCCAAACAGGCGCCAAAGCUGCACAAGGCGAGCUUCAGUCAACCGAUGUCUCUGGUGCGUGUAAUGGAGCCAAUUUGGAGAGGCAAUCAUACAAACAAUCAUGGAAUGGGAGUUAUCCCGGCGGCAAAUCAAUCGAAAAGCACUUAAAACAACUCAGCAAUUUUACAAGUGGUAAUUACAUUUAAUUAAGUUGUACAUUUUUUGCAAUAUCAGAACAAUACGCAAAUUCCUGUACAUAUUGAAUAAGCUUCUGCAUAACAUAGAGAGAAUCAAUAAUUAUGCGAUGAAGUUGUGGAGUUUCCUCAGCUCGAAACAUUCAUUGAGUAAGGUCUUAAAUUAAAUCGCAUUUCCUAUGAUUUAUUAUUAGAGUCUACAAUUACAAUACUAUACAAUAACAAUAAAUAGAAAAUCGUAAACACAUCAACAAAUUCGUAAUCCAAACAAAUCAAUCAUUCGGUUUAGUUUCUUCCCCCCGCGAAAGGCUUAUCGCAAAGUCAACAGCUGUGCCGGCCGGGAAAACAGCUCACGGAAAACUAAGCCCAUGGUGCUGUUCGUUUGGCUGAUGUAAUCCAAAGUGUGCAAUUUCAGCAUCCAUAAUCAAAUGUUCCAGUUCCACUUCCACUGAGAUAAGUGCACGCUAUUAGCCGGACAGCAGCAGUGUUGCUGUGCUGUUGUUGGCCAAGGCAAGCGACAGCGGUGGCAAUGUCGUGGUAAUUACUCGAUUAGGUCGACAGACAACGGUGGCAUCGUCAUGGAAAUAAGCCAUCGCAAUGGCAGCCAACAGAGUGAGUAGAAAUGUCAGCCAGAGGCAGGCAGUGGACAGACGACGCACAUUCUGCCACCAGGGAUCCUUCGCAAAGGGCAGCAGCUCCUCCAGUGUCAAGCCAUACGAGUGACUGUCGAAAAGCGACAGACAAGAGAGACAAACAGGCAACCAGGCAACCAGGCAGGACAGCGGAAUAACAUAAAAGUCGGUGGGGGAAUGGACAAAUGAAGUUAUUUUUUAAUGAAAUGUGACAGUAAAACGUUUACUCAGCAGUUGUAAAAACGGGUUCAUAAUCCUUUGGAUCCUUGCCUAACGGCACGACAAUGAUGUGAUGCUGCUGUUGUCCUCGCUGCAAUUGCGUUGCCAGCAGUGCUGUUCUCUCGUCACAGGACAUAUUUGUAUUCGUAUUUGCUUUGCCCCUUUUGUCUCUGACUGAGGCCGAGGAUUACAAACACUACACACUAGUAAAGGCACUAGAAAGAGGGACGGAUGCUGUUGCAGUUGCUGAUGCAGAUGCUUCUGUUGCUGUUGCUGUUGAGCUCGCAGCGACAACGACUCUUUGGGUUGUGGACAACUGGAAACUGGCGUCUGGUUUGUGCUUUGUUUCAACUUAAAUUAGCUUUCCGUGCGUCGCAAGUUUCAUUGUUUUAUUAUUGUUUGCCUUUUUCUUGAAUUUUUCAGAUUCCUGUAAACAACUUUAUCUCGUCGUCGUUGUCGUCGUGGUUGUCGCUGUCGCUCAUCUUCCGCCUCAAGCUUUUUGCACUGAUUUGGCUUAUCGUAAUGUGCUCGUUUUUCUCUGCUCUUUACUUUCUCUCUUGUUUUAUUUUUUUAGACCUGUUCAUCUUUGAAAAAUAUGAAAAAGUUGUAUAGCAUUUGUUUCUUAUUGUGAAUAUGAGUUGAUAGAUAUUUCAAUAUACCUCUUUGUCUUUCUCUAAUCAGUGAAAAAGAAAUAAGUAAUAUUUAUAAUUUUUAGAUGUGAAACAAAAGUGAACAGGUCUCUUACUGUGUAGACUAGACAUUUUCCGUUCUUGCUCGUUUUUUGUCUGUUUUAUUUAUGGAUCUCUUGGUCUGCUGCUUGAUUACAUAAUAACAAUGAGACGUACUUGUCGCCCAGUUUCCACAAAUUCCGCAAGAUGGCAGUGACCGGCCCCAUUGAUCAGCCGCACGCUUCUUGCCAGUUAUCGGAGAUAAAGCAUACAACGUUCUACUUGCAAAUGAGUUUAACACAUUUUUAUUUAUUUAAUUGUAUUUGUUGUUUUGUUUUUGUUUUGGGUUUGUAUUUGUAUUUGUUUUUUUUUGUUAUUUUGGGUUAACAUGCUUUGGAAAUACAUACACAGAUGCAUAGAUGCAACGCGUUCUGUUUGUUUGUUUUCGUUUUUGUUGUUGUCGAGUAAUGCUGAGGGAUUCCCUAAAGACUAACCUUAGUAUUUUAUAAUGUAGGUAAACACCAAGUUUUGUUAUACGUUUGUAAGUGCAUAGAUACGAAUAUGUAGAUGCUCUUACAAAUCUUAACUCAUUUUUUUUUAACUGCUCCUCAAUUAUAAUUAUUUGUUAUUUGUUGUUGUAAUCGUUGUAGAGCAAUUAGUAGUUUGUUAAGAUGAAAACAUUAAGCUAUUGUUAAUAUUAUUAUUAUUAUUAGUUUUAGAUAUUAAUGUAGCAAAGAUAUUCUCUGUUUUCGGAUGUCAGCUAAUCUAUGGAUGCUAAUACUAGGCAUAUUAACUUUCGUAUAAUAUAUAUUUUUGAUAAAGUUGAAGUGAUCUUUAUUGAGUUUCACAUAUACGCUAUAUAUAUUUUAAAUUUCAUUUGUUUUCUGUAUAUAUUCUGACUUAUACAUAUAAAAAUGUAAUUAAAAGUUUGAAUCAAAAAUACACCAUAGCAAACAUCAAUUAUGUAUAUAUAUUAUAUUUAAAUAUUCGAUACACUUAACUACUAAAAUUAUUUCGAAUCUCAUACGUCCAAAAAAACUGAAAUGUAAAAGGUAAAUAAGAUUAGUAACGAAAACCAAAUGAAAUCAAAUGUAAAUCGUAAAGCAUGAUAUAAUUUAAUUAUAUAUUUGUAUAUAUGUAAGUAGUGUGUAGUAUAGUAUGUUCUAUAUAUGUAUGUGUUUAGUUAUUUCCAUAAGCUUAUUGAACUCUUUCAUGCUCAUUGAUCAUUGUUGUGACGCUUCUAACUCUAUAGAUGUACCUAGAUGCUAUAUCGGAAGCACUUUACUCGUUUUAUUUGCCAUUGCCAUAUCAAGUUAUCUCAAAAUGUGUGUACUCUAGUUUUAGUUUUCCUAUUCAUAAAUAUCGUACUGAAAUAGUUUUGCUGUGUUAUAUUAUAUAUCUAUAUCUAUAUAGAUACUAGAUACUUUAUUUAUUGCUGCUCCCCAAUCUAAUCGUAUGUCAUUCAUUUGCUCAUCUAUGCGUUCAUUAACCUGAUUCUGUUACGACUCAAUCUAAUCGCCUGUUAACUGCAUUAAUAUUCUGAUUACACGGAAUACAUAGGAAUAUAUCUCUAAAUAACUGCUGAAAUUAUCAUAAAUUUUGGGUGAUCUUUGGUGAAGAAACACAAGAGACAAACACAAACAGAGGAAAACCAAGUGAUAAUUCAAAAAAUUGAAUUUAAUUUGCAUGAGCUUAGACCAAACAUUGAUAUAAUUUUCGUUAAAUACAUUCCCAACUAUUUAUAACUUAAUAGUAGUCAUUUGUAUUAGAUGUUUAUCGUAUUAAUAAUAUUGUUUAUUAUUCUAAAUUUGGCGCAUAUUCCCAUUAGGUUCCCAUACUGCUUAUGAUACGAAUGAUCAUAGAUUUUUUUGUUUGUUGUUAUUAUUCUUUUUGUCUAUAGUUGUUUUUUAAUAUAUAUAUUUAUUAUAUAUAUUGUAUGUAGUACUCGUAUAUAAUUAAGUAUUUCCAUUUGGUAUUCAUUUCAAAAUGUUGUAUUAAAAAAUAGAAUAACAUUAUACAAAAAAUACAUCCAUUUAACAAACAUUUGGUGUUGCCUUAAUAACGUUUUCUCGUUUAUGUUUUGUUUUUUUUUUUUUUUUUUUGUUGUUUAUCGUUUCCCACUGAUCGAUAUCUAUCGUUCCAAUAUCGGUGACAAAGUACAAAGUAAAUGAAAGUCUUUCAAGUAAGUAGAUUUAUGUAGUGCAGUGCAAUUUACACUGGUGGUCGUACUAAAAGUGCCGCAUUUCAAAUUGGUCGGAGUUAAGUUUAGUUUAGGAUUAUUUCUUCUUUAUUUUUGUCUAGCUUAGGUCCAUUUCCUAUAGAAGCUGUGUUCAAUUCUAAGUAGAGUUAUAAGAGUUGUUAAAAGAGUUUUAUUUAGUUUUUUUUUUUUCGUUUUCAAAUUUUUUGUCUAGAGAUAGUAGUAGAAGUAUUAGCUGUAAUAUAUGUUAGGUAGGGGAAUUAACUUUUCGAAUCGUACAGUAAAUAUAUAUUUAAAAAUUUUGAUCUUUCAUUUUCUUACACAUCUAUUAAAUUAACAAUGGCUGAUCGCGAUAAUUAAUGGAGAGACAUUUUCAACGUAAAUUAUGCAUAACAAUUUAUCAAUUUAACAUGUAAAUUUGACAUAUUUUCAUAUAGUAUAGUUGUUUUUUCUUUUAAAUAUUAAGUACAGCUAUAACAAACAACAACAAUGAUAAUAAUGACAAAAGAAUGAACAUUCAGAUGUAAAACAUAAUUGUAAUAAUUAUAAUAAUAAUAUUGAUAAUAAUAGAGUAAUUAUGAUAAUAAUGAUCACGUUGCUUGUUUGCCGAGCCCGGGCAGCCUUUGUAUUUACAAUAAGCAUAUUAAUUACAUCAAUUCUUUAAAAUAGCUCGAGUAAUCUAAAUACAAAUUACCAUUUUUUAAUAUUAACAUAAAUUUGACUAAUUAUCAAUAUAGCAUAAAUCGCAAUUGCAAUUGCACACACAAUACACACGCACAUACACAUAAGUACAUACAGAUCUACAUAAAUAUAGUAUAUUGCGUAUUAUGCAUUUGCAUUUUUGCA